GGUCCCCCAAAGCGUCGGCUCCCACACGCCUCCAAAGACCAAAGUUCUCUCAAAUUCAUUUCGCCUAAAACGCUUUUACACGAAAAUCCCAUCGGCCUGCUGUUGAAAGGUUUUUCUUGAAGAAGAAGAGAAGGAUGGGGAAAUCGGCGGCUACGAAGCAAGCAAUGGUAGUAUUCGGAGCCCUAGCGUUGGGGUGGGCGGCCAUUGAGCUCGCCUUCAAGCCCUUCCUCGACAAGGUCCGGGCCGCCAUGGACAGGUCCGACCCGGCCCACGAUCCCGACGAUGUCGUUGCCGACGCUGCCCGGAAGUCGCCUGCUGACGGAGAGGCCGGCGCUGAUGAUUGAAUGAGGUUCGAACAAUUUUUAGGAUUAAAAAUUGGUGGAGAUUUUCUGCUUUAUUAAAUUACUGUUUGAGAAUGAGUUCAUGUGUUCAAGUAAAACUGAAUUGGGAAACAUAUAAUUUUGAUACUUGGGUUAUUGGGUUUUUGAUAUGAUACUUGUUUUGAUAGUGUA